UUUUGAUAAACAUGUAAUAUGUUCAACUCACUUUUCAAAGAAAUAUUUAUUCAAUCUAAAAAUUGUAUUUUAUAAAAUAUUAAUUUUGAUUUAUUCUGACUAAAUUUAAUAGUACAUAGUUUAAAUUAUACCGCUUUUAUUAAUAAAAAAAAAAAAAUGAAGGAUGAACAAAAUGACCCAAAUGAUCCAGAAAAUUCAAGAAUAUUUGUAUUAUACGACAAAAAUAAUCCCAUAUCAGAAAAUGAAUUUAAUGAAUUGUUUAGCAAAUUUGGUACUGUAAAAAAUAUUUAUAUUGUCAAAGAUCGAAAUAGUGAUAGUGUUAAAGGUGUAACAUAUAUUAAGUAUGCAAAAGCUUCAGAAGCUUUUAAAGCUAUUGAGGAAAUGAAUGGUUAUAAAUUGGAUUCAUCCCACCGUCGCAUGAAAGUUCUAAUGGCAACUAGCCCUGGACAAAGCAAAAAUAGUUCAGAUAUGGAAUUCAAUAGGUUAUUUGUAUUUGUACCAAAAACUGAAAAAGAAAAUGAUUUAGAAAAUUAUUUUAGUCAAUUUGGGGAUAUUUCAAAAGUUCACAUUGUUACAAAUAAAGAUUCAGGGGAAUCGAAAGGAAUUGCCUUCAUUACAUUUACAAAAGCCUCAUCAGCUGCUUUGGCUAUAGAAAAUUGUGGAUCUAAUUAUAAAGCAGUUUUUGCUAAACCAAAACAUGAAGAUGCCCCUACAAAUUAUUCAAGACACUCCGAAUCAAAAAGUACCAGUAAUUACACUUUACUUACGCCACCUUCUCAUCCUCAUCUUGAUGAGCCUGGAGUGUUAAUCGCUUUUACGUCACCAAUUGUUACUUACAAUGAACUUUACAGAAUUCUUAACAUUGCUCCAGAACUGGAACUAGUUAAAGAAUUAUCAAGACAACAGCAAUUAUACGAUAAAAAAAAGUUUCAAGUUAUAUACAGUACUAUUUCUGCAGCUGAUCAUGCUGUUAGUCGUAUAAAUGGAUUUGAGUAUCCUCCUGGCCACCCAAUAAUUUUGGAGUAUAGUAGCAACACUUCUAUGUCAUUACCAAAUUCUGUAGAUCCAAUUGUGGCUAGUAAAAUUACAAAAGAUAUUGAAGUAUUGUCGAGUACAGUCUCUAAAGCAUUAGCUGUGAUCAAGAAUGCUGCUUUUAGUUUACCAGAUGAAUAUUGUAAUACAACUAUGGCACCAAAAAGAAGAAGUGAAAAACCUCUCAAUCCAUCAAUUGAUAACUUAUAUAGAUUGUUUUUUGUGAGCAAACCAGUUAUUCCUCCUAUGAGGUUGUUAGAAGAAGCAUUUAGAAUGUUUAAAGGAUUAAGAAAUCUUAAUGUAAUUGAUGGAAAAAAUUAUGGUUAUGUUGUUUAUGAUAAUAUGGAAAGUGCAACAAGAGCUAUUGAUUGCCUAAAUGAUCAUAAAAUAUAUAACAGUCGUUUAAAAGUAAUGGAAGCCGAACCAAAGGAACCAAAUCGUAAACGUAUGAAGCAAGAAUCAUAGUUGUAUUCGACAAUACAUAGUUCAUACAACAUAUACAAACAAUUUGAUAACUCACUAAAACAACAGAUACUUGUGUUUGUCCACUAUGACAAGAUAAUACAUCACAAUUCAACCAUUUUCAUAAGACACAACAUAUGUUGUGGACAAAAAAUACAUUUUUCGAACUAACUAACACUCUCAACGAUUAAAUAUAUAUUCAGACAGCUCAUACAUGAUUUAAUUGUAUUCAAUGGAAAACAUAGUAUUUAUAGUUUUAAGUAUUCAGUAUUAUUUAGCAAUAUUCAAAAAUGAAGUUUUACUGAACUCAACGAUUUUAUAUUCAAAUGGUUGAUAAAAAUAUAAAAUAUUUACCACUCAUUUUAUAUUGGAGUGCAAUCUCUCUUUUUGCUUCUUUUUAUUUUUUUAGUUAGCAUCACAUAAUUUCCUUAAUUUCAACCAUAUACUUUAUAGGUACAAACUAUAUCACAAAAAAUAAACUACAAAAUAUAUUAAAAUAACUAUUUUAUUUUUUAAUUAAUUAAUCAAAUUGUUGAAUACUUUAUAGACUUUUUACAUCACUAUUUGUUGUUAAUAUUCUAUUCUUGAUAUAAUAUUCUUUGUAGUAAUUAUGAAAAAACUUAUGUUUUUAAAGUUUUGAUUUAUUUUAAACAUUCCUUUUACCAAAACACUAUAAAAAUCUUUUUUAAAACUAUAUUAUACAUCUUUUUGAAGACAAUUAUUAAGUAAUUUUGCGAGUUUGUGUGUGUGUUUUUUGUUAGUGUGAUUGAGUAUGUUUUUAAUUUAAAAAUAAAUUUCUUGUAAUGACAACAUAUUAAUGUACAUAAAGUACAAUUAUAAUUAUGUGAAAAGUACUUUUUUUCAAUAAAGAAACACAUUUAUAAUUAUUU